CAUCAUCAUCAUCAUCAUCUGCAUACAUACACACACACAGCCAUUUUUCUCCACUGAUUCUUCUUCAAUUCAAUUCUCUCUUCCCCAGAAACCCUAAUCCCCAAAGUUUCAGAAUUCUGGAAUACGAAUCAAUCUAAUCCUGUUUAUGUUGUUUGCACAGCUCGAUCAGCUGCCAUGGACGCCACCGCCGCCGGUAAUUCGACUGUCAAGACGCCCGAGGCUGAAUCGGAAACUCCGACGCGGAUCCAGCCGUCUUUUGGGAACGCCAACGGUGUGCUGAAGCGGCACGCGCCGCAGCACCUACACCCUCCGGUGGUGGUGACGUACAGAGAUUGCCUCAAAAACCACGCCGCGUCCAUCGGCGGCCACGCCGUCGACGGAUGCGGCGAGUUCAUGCCUUCCCCCGGCUCCGACCCCGCCGACCCUACGUCGCUCAAAUGCGCGGCGUGCGGCUGCCACCGCAACUUCCACCGGCGCGAGCCGGACGAGGCGGCGCUCGCGGCGGCAAUGGAGUUCAGGUCUCUCCAUCGCCACCAGCCGCCGCAGCCUCCGGCGCGCCGCGGCGACAGCGGCAGCAGCCCGAACAAUUCUCCUUCGCCGCCUCCGAUCUCGUCGUCGUUCUACCCGUCGGCGUCGCACAUGCUCCUCGCCCUCAGCCAUGGCGCCUCCGCGCCGCAUCCGGAGAGCAAUCCGCCGAUUUCUCCGGCGAUUAACGCCGCCUCCGCACCGCGGUUCAAGUCCAACAGCCGGAAGCGGUUCCGCACCAAAUUCACUCAAAAUCAGAAGGACAAAAUGCUGGAAUUGGCUGAGAAAGUCGAUUGGAAAAUGCAGAAGAAGGACGAAGACCUGAUUAACGAAUCCUGCGCCGAAAUUGGGGUUGAGAGAGGCGUUUUCAAAGUAUGGAUGCACAACAACAAGAACACCCUCGGCAAAAAGGACAACCACCAUCCUCCCGCCGGAAAUGGAGCCAACCACAGCGUCGCCGCCGCCGGCGACUCCUCCCAAUACCCCCGCGACGGUACAAACGGAUCUUCUUCUUCUUCCUGAUCUGAUUAAUUAAUUAAUUAAUUAUUAGAAUAAGAAUUCUAGGCAGAAACAGAGAACUGAGCUGAGUUGAUCUGAGCUGAGCUGAGGCAUCGAUUUGUUCCUUUAAUUUCAAACUUCUGUAGGUUUUGUUUCCUGAUCAUCUUCUUCUUCA